UUUAUUCAUUUCAUUAUUAAUCAUCAUAACCCACACCCCACAUCCCAACCAAUUAUUUCCCUUACCUUCUUAUAUUUCCUCUCGUCCUUUCUCAACCAUCUUCAUCAAUUUUCUUAACAAUCCCUCAUCAUAAAACCUUCCGAAAAAUGGGUCUUGUCUUAGAAUUAGGUCUUAAUUCUUCAUCAUCAUCCAUGGCGGAAAACACCUCCAUCAACCCCACGAAGAAGCCUUGCAGCAGCCUGAGUUUUGAGCCCUGUUUAACCUUGGCUGUUUCCGGCGAUCUCGACCACCUUAAGAAACCUCCAUGUGUAGGCGGUGGUGUUGGUGGUGGUGGUGAUUUGUACCGACAGGACAGCCUUAGUGGUGGUUGUUCGUCGUUCUCAGUCGCGAGUGUAAGUGUUAAGAGGGAAAGAGAGGUGAAGAGUGAAGAUUCAGAGAGGGUUUCACGUGUUUUUCGCACAAGCGUUCAUGAACACGAAGUUGAUGAUGAUGAUGAUGCAACUGUUAAUGGUAGGAAGAAACUCAGGCUUACGAAAGCUCAAUCUGUACUUCUUGAAGAAGCCUUCAAACAUCAUAGUACUUUGAACCCUCAGAAACAAAAGCAAGAGCUUGCACGGGAGCUAAAGUUGCGACCUAGGCAAGUCGAAGUUUGGUUCCAGAAUCGAAGGGCAAGGACAAAGCUGAAGCAAACGGAAGUGGAUUGUGAAUACUUGAAGAAAUGUUGUGAAGCAUUAAAGGAAGAAAACAGUCGACUUCACAAAGAGCUUCAAGAACUGAAGGCACUAAAACUGUCAACUCAGCCACUGUACAUGCAGCUGCCGGCGGCCACCCUUACCAUGUGUCCGUCUUGUGAACGCAUCGGAGACACCACUUCGUCCACCAAGAGCCGCCCAUUUACUAUGGCUCCAAAACCACAUCUCUUUAAUCCAUUCGCUAAUUCAUCUGCAGCCUGUUAAUUAAUUAGUUUUUUCUUCAGUGUUAAUUAAUUAAUUAAUGAUAUAGUAUUACAUACUAAAACUAAUCAUCCAUGCACAACCCUUUGUCUUUUUUUUAGAGUUAAGGGCUUGCAUGAUUAGUGGGAGAUUAAUCAAUUAAUUACUUAGUAUUAAAUUAUUUUUGUAGAAUAUUAUAUGUAUUUCUACAGAUUGCUUUCUUUUCCACAUUUUAUAAUUAUUUUAUGUAUGUUUGUUUGUAUAAAGGAUUAUAUGUCAAUGAAAUUAAAGGAAUAUAUAUUUUUUAA